GGGAGUCUUAAAACAAUUAAUUUGUGGGUAAUGGAGAUCGGUAGAGGUGAAAUACCUUCCUCUUUUAGAUCUGUUCCUGAGUUUUCCUCAACGACCCAAAGAAGAUUUAAUGAGUGCUUACCGGUUUAUGAACAACCAAGAGACGACGAAGAUUCCUCCUCUGACAGUUCUGUGGACUAUUCUUACUCAGAAGAAGAAGGAGACAAAUCCUAUAAAUCUGAUGAUGAUGAUGAUGAUGAUGAUGAUGAUGGAGAUGGAGAUGAAGUAGGUAUGACCGAUUCAACAGCAACAAAAAAGAACAAAAAAAUCGAAUCAACAACUGGAACAAGUUUGCGGGAGAGGCUGGAGAAGCUGGAGUGGAAAGUUUUUCAUACCCGUGGAUUCAAGAGAACAUUUCAAAGUAGACUCAAACAAUGGAUUUGUUCCUGGAAUGCUCAAACACCUUUUGUUUGGGUUCAUGUGCAUGCUUAUUAUAAUAAGCAUAAAUUGUACGGAGGAUAUGGAGUUAUUUUACGGGAUUCCGAUGCAAAGCCAAUCACUGCUUCAGCCAACUUCUCAGUGGUUGGAAAAUCUUUUUACACUCAACUGCUGAUGGGUGUAAUGGCUGGUGUUACACUUGUUAAGAAUCUCAGGCUUCCUAAACUUCGUGUUGUGUGCAAUUCAAUUAAAAUUCCACAUGUCAUUGAUAAAAUUUGGGACUGCAAGGAUAUUGCUUGCCGUGAAAACAAACAAUAUACAUAUAAUUGCAAAUGGUGUUGGAGGUCUUACUUUGUGUUUCAGGGUGCUGAUAGGGAUUUGGUGCCUCAUGCACGGGAUAUUAAAGCUCAGAUACGUGAAGGCCUAGAGCUACUAGAAUUGACAGGAUAUCUUGGGUAUUUGAAUAAAGCGGCGUAUUAUCUAGCAAAAAUGGGAAAAAAGAAUAGAGCUAAAGUUGAGAACCAGGAAGAAAGGAUUGCCUCUAGUGAUGAGGGAACUGGUGAGAUUAAACCAUGUGAUUUUCCGCAAGAGCUAAAACAGAUUCUUUGGAGAGAUGCCGAAGGUGUGUUUCGUACCAUGCACUACAGACGUGAGCCCUUGGUAACGCAGGUUGCUGCAGAGAAGCAGAAGGAAUGGGCAUCCUCCAGCCAGAGGACUGAAGCAAAAGGAAUCUGCAGAGAAGCAGAAGGAAUGGGAAUCCUCCAGCCUGAGAAUUAUUCUUAAGCAAAAGGAAUGGCCAGAGAAUUAUUCUGCGCAGGCGGCUUACGAAUGAGACUGGAAUGACUGAAGAUGGACUCUCAUCAAAUCAUUAUAAACCUCCUGGUAAAGCAGGCGGAGCAAAAUCUUGAAGUCUUUGAAGUCUCUACUUUAAUACUACUAGAAUUUCUAAUUAUCUAGCUUUAAAUCUUGCUUCUAUUAGCUGUUACCUGAAUGUCCCAAAACCCUGGCUUGGAAAUCAAUUGCAAAGCCUUAUGGCAGAGAUAUCCGGACUUUUAUUAUUUUAUUAUUCUGAGAACCUUCCGAGGAAAACAACAAACUAUUCAGGCCUGGGUCUAUGGGUUUCACAACCCAACCUCCUGUUGCUCCUUCCGGGGGUUGCAUUUCCCUGUUUUAUCUAUAAAUAAAUGUAUUUAUCAUUUAUUUUA